AUGGCCGUGUUCGAGCAUGCUCCUGGUCAUCGACAGAUGCCUUGGGUUGUCCUUUCGGAUGGCUCGUUCUUGACGCCCUCUGACCGCAGCAACUUCUACGGAGAUCUGCCUUUGCUCCCGGACGGCUCUGUUUUGACAACUCCUGAGAACAGCGUCUUGGGGCGUCUCCCUUCGUUGCCCGAGAACGCGAGCUGCGUUGGCUCCACCGACAACUGGCUCGUUCUUGACUGCAUUGAUGCAAUGGAAAGGCAUAGCUAUUUCUUGCACGAUCCUUUCUCCGACAAGACCGUGCCGCUCCACGAGCUAGAGACUGUUAUCGGCAAUGUGUCCGAGCUUUUCGAGAUCCGUAAGGUGCUCAUACGGUCAACUCCCAACGAUGUUGUCGCUGUCAUGACCAACAACUAUAAUUACCCCAUCAUCCUGAUACUGCCCGGCAAGGGUAUUUGGUUGCCCAAGCCAAGAGAGCCUCCCUUCGUCUACAUCAUUGAUAUCGUGUUUCUUGGAGACAAACUAUAUGGGAUCACCCAGAGCGAGGAACUUGUCUCCAUCACUAUCUCCUUUGACGACAACAACAUACCCACAGUCAUCGAUACCGAGAGAGUUAUCAAGCACCCAACUGUGAGUGAUGGUGAUUCAAAAACAUGGAGCAGCAUCGAUGUGAUGCACGUCCUGAAUAACGAGGCACUAAGUGGUCGAGAGGGUGAUAAUGAUGACGAGCUUGCGGAAUACGAACUGAUGAAGAGCACCGGCGACGGCAUGAUUUUUGAAGCAGUCCACUACGGAGAAGAAGAUAAGGUUCCCUACGAACUCCCUGAUCUCAUAAUCACCAUCUGGUACUUUGUCAAGUCUCGUGAGAAGUUGCUCAUGGUGAGGCGGCAGUUGCAAGGGCCUACCUAUGAUGUUAACUUUACUCGCAAUGUGAAGGUUUUCGAGGCCGAUAUCAUCGCAGCCACUUGGGUGCCCGUGACUGAUGAGCUAGGCGGCGACACACUUUUUGUCAGCAAAUAUUUCUCCAAGUCUGUUUCAGCCUAUGGAAAAAUAGAGAAGGGUGCUAUUUAUUUCAUCGACACAGGCGAAGUAUUUAUCAUGAGAUACAAGACUAUAAGUAUGCCUCAGCGAGAGCUUAAUUUCCGUACGUCAAUGUGGAUCUUUCCUCCAAAAGGUAGCGGCUUAAAGUUGGAAAACGCAUGUGAUCGGGCGACCGAUCGCGCGACUUGA